AUCAGAUAGAUGAGAACCUGAAGCUGGCCCUGCAGAAGGAUCUCAAUGUCAUGGCACCAGGUCUCACUAUCCAGGCUGUGCGUGUUACAAAACCCAAAAUCCCAGAAACCAUCCGAAGAAAUUUUGAGCUAAUGGAGGCUGAGAAGACCAAGCUGUUGAUUGCAGCCCAGAAGCAGAAGGUAGUCGAGAAGGAGGCAGAGACAGACCGGAAGAAAGCACUCAUUGAGGCAGAGAAGGCUGCUCAGGUGGCCAGGAUUCACUACCAACAGAAGAUUAUGGAGAAGGAAACAGAGAAGCGCAUUUCUGAGAUUGAAGACGCUGCGUUCCUGGCAAGAGAGAAAGCAAAAGCUGAUGCGGAGUACUACACUGCUCGGAAGCUGUCCGAUUCCAACAAGCUGAAACUUACCCCCGAGUAUCUGGAACUAAUGAAAUAUCAAGCGAUAGCUGCAAACAGCAAGCUCUAUUUUGGUGACCGCAUCCCCAACAUGUUUCUGGAUUCCUGUGCCUUCCAGCAAGCCAAUCUGAGGACUGCCCAAGAAACCAGCCUUCCUUCUCAGGAGGCCCCGGAGACCUCUGGAGAAAGCCACCUCAGAGCAAAGGAAAGCACUGGCUGA